UUUCUAUGUUGUGGAGACCGAGAGAGAGACGGUUGUUGCUGACUGUCAGCGUCAUUCAUGUAAAUGGUGAACUUACGUACGUUGAAUAAUCAUUUUUGGAUAAUUUUCAAAGUUUCAUCUACUUAAUGUGUUCGAAAAUAUAAAUUAGAAGUUUCUAUUUGAUGUUACAGUGUGAUUUUAGUACAUAACUACAGUUUUGAAUACUUUAACGAACUUUUAAAGUGUGUUCUAUUACUAUGUUAUCCGUGUCGCGCAGUACAUUAAAAAGUUGUUGACUAAUUUCAAAGUUCUGAAAAGUGAUUGUUGUCGUGUAUUAUAGAUGUUUAUCACUUUGUUGUUAUAUGUGGCUGCUGUAGAUUCGAAGAAUAAACUUUAUGACAGAUAGCAUGACGUAGAUUAUUCUAGUCAGCUUGCUGUCCAGCCAAUCGAGUGUACUGUAUCGAAGCUGACUGAUGCGGUGACACUGUGACACAAUGGAUGCGGCGGACAAGCGAAUGCUGGAGCGGGAGGCGCUCCGCAACAUGAUCCAGCAGUGGAACGCUAAUCGCCUUGAUCUGUUCGCGCUCAGUGAGCCCAAUGAGAAUCUGGAGUUUCACGGUGUGAUGCGAUUCUAUUUCCAAGAUUCAGGUCAGAAGAUAGCAACGAAAUGUAUUCGUGUCGCCUCCGACGCUACUGUGAGCGAUGUCAUAGAGACUUUAAUCGAGAAGUUCCGUCCGGACAUGCGCAUGUUGUCGCUGGGCUCGUACUCUCUGUGGGAGACGCACGGGCCGGACGACGAGCGCAAACUGGAGCCGCAUGAGAAGCCCCUGCUGGUGCAGCUCAACUGGCACGCCGACGACAGGGAGGGGCGGUUCCUACUCAAGUGCCUUAGCAACAACGAGAUCCCGUUGUCGGCUGUGAACGACAAAGGAGACCAAAACUUUAAACGAAAACUAUCAAAACGAGAGAAGAAAGAACUGAAGAAAAAGGAAAAACUAUCGAGACUUAAAUCCGACACGAACGAUGAAAACAGACCAGUCGCAGAGAAACUAUAUACAGAACUGCCGGAGACGUCUUUCAUGCGUAGUAUAAGUAACCCCGAGGCGGUGAUGCGUCGUCGUCGGCAACAGAAGCUGGGCCGAAAGCUGCAGCAGUUCAAGUCUAAGGAUGGCGGACCUGAUACUGGUGGUACCCUCCGAGUGUACGGUUCGAUACUCCGGCCCGACGUGUCGUACGUCACGCUACUGCUGUCAGUCAACGACUCGGCUGCCACCGUCCUUCGGGAGACACUCGACAAGUAUGGCAUGUCAUACCAAGAUCCACAACAGUUCUGCAUCGUGCAGGAGGACAAGACCGACAAUUCGGAAUACAUCUUAGAAGACGACGAAUGCCCGCUCGCGCUCAUGAAUAUGACAAGAAGCUCCAUCAUGUUCCAUGUACGGCGGCGGCCUGCGGAUGUGCAGCCGCGGAGGCGCAAGAAAAAAGUUGGAGGCACCGGGGCCGCUGGCGGACGGCCCGGAAACGAACCCAUGCUUGUAGAAAUGUCACCCGACGGUUCGUCUCUAGAAAACGGACGGCGACUCAGAAUAACAGAUGUUAUCGAGGUGGGUUCAGGCAAUGGCACGACUCUGCAGCUGUAUGGACCUUCGAUCCAGCCGCGGCACUGCGUGGUCGCGCCCGCGGAAGGCGGCGGCUACUCCGUGACCCCGCUGCACGCCGAUGCACACGUGUAUGUCAACGGACGCAGGAUCAUGCACUCGCAACGUCUACAAGUGAGUUCUCAACCGCACUGUUACUUCUUACCUGCCUUUCUCAACAUGUGGCCUACUAAUUCUAUCAGUGUAAGUAAACACAAUCAGUCCCGUCGCUUCUCUAAUCACUUUCAAAGCUGUGUAUUUUAUGUUUUGUUCAUCUAUCAUUGUUUGUUUUCUUUGCAUGUUUCUGUCACUGGCUCACGAAUAUCCGCUUGUGUACGUUACCCUUACGUUAGAUCGCCAACUUCGCCCGGCGAGAAUAGCGGCGCGAUGUCGCCGACGUCGAUGACGUCACACCAGCCCGACCCUCUCGACUCCAAUGCAAACACGACUAACGACACAGAGUACCAGAGGACGAUGAGUCCCGUGUCGCACGACACCUACUACCGGGACGCCAACGACACUAUACCGCCGUACAACAACAACACUCUUAAACUCGACAACGAGUCACUCAUUAUGUCGCAACACCUCAACGACACCAAAGAUGACUACGGGAAGGACGACCACACGGGCUCGGUGUACAAUGACCAAGAUCAGAGUUCCAACGUGAAUCGCACGUCCAACUCUGUGCAACAGUACAAAGACAAUUAUGAAACCACGUUCGAUUUGGACGGCAACGUUGAAACAAAGAGUAUCUGCAGUGCGAAGAGCGGCGGCUCUGGACAUGACAACAGGAUGAGUGCGGGUAUGAGCAGUGGGCGCGGGUGCACGGAGGCGAUCCUGCCGGCCGUGCUGGAGUUCCCCGAGGCGGGGCAGGCUCAGUUCCUGGCCGCCGUCAUCACCCGCCUCGACCCACACGCGCCCGCCUUCAAACUCGCCCCUGUCUACACACUCUACCUUUGUGCCAGGUACCGUGCCUCGACUCAUUACCGCCCCGAGCUGACGCCGACCGAACGCGCGCAUAAACUGACGGCCUUCUUACACCAUGUCGCCACGCUCAUACACGCCACCGUACAGGAGCGUUGUACCGACUCAGCGGCACAAGCUUUCUGGAUGACGAACGCGAGUGAACUUCUGCACUUCUUGAAAUACGAUCGACACAUAUCAUCCUUCUCAACACAAGCGCAAGAAGUGCUCUCGCUUACUGUGCAGAAUGCUUUCAGCAACCUCGUGACGUGUUUCCAAGAGGAGCUGUCGCGUGGUCUGGCGACGCUGACGAGCGCGGGCGGCGCGGGCGGGGCGAGCGGCGCGGGCGGCAUGUUGGACGCCAACGAGGCCACCGCGCCCACGCUGCAGGCGCUGGCCGCCGCCAUCGUGCUACUGCGCCGCUGCCGCGUCAACGCCGCGCUCACCAUACAGCUCUUCUCGCACCUCUUCCACUACAUCAACGCUGUUUGCUUUAACAAAUUGGUAACAGAGCCCAGCAUGAUAAAUGCGCGUUGGGGCGCUGCUCUGUCAGCACGACUAAAAGUUCUGGCUGCUUGGGCGGAGCGACAGGGUUUGGAAUUGGCGGCGGAAUGUCAUUUCGCACGCAUGAACCAAGCCGCGCGUCUGAUCCAGGGCACGUACCGGUCGGCGGAGGAGGUGGUGGGCGCGCUGAAGUCGUGCUUCAAGCUGAACUCGGUGCAGGCGCGCGCGCUGCUGGCGCCGCUGGCGCCGGCCGAGCUGGUGGAGGCGGGCGUGCGCCACGUGCGCGCGCACACGGACGAGCUGGUGCGCGCCGACGGCCGCGACGUGCGCCUGGACGAGCCGGCCUGGCUGGGCGCCGCGCUGCUCAUCCCCAGCGACGGGUUCAGCGCCGAGGUGGUGUGCGGCGUGCCGCCGGGGCUGGCGGAGUUCGUGGCGCCGCUGCAGCGCGGCGGCCUGUGCCGCCUGGCGCACCAGCCGCACGCGCUGGGCGCCUGGACCGUGUACCUGGCGGGCCACGCGCCGCCCGCGCGCCGCCCCGACCCGCGCCUGCACAUCAUCCAGCUGCACAAGAACUCCAACGGCAUGGGGCUCAGCAUCGUCGCCGCCAAGGGUGCGGGGCAAAGCAAGCUAGGUAUCUAUAUAAAGUCGGUAGUCCCGGGCGGUGCCGCGGCGGCCGACGGACGCCUCGCUGCCGGGGACCAACUACUCUCCGUCGAUGGACAGUCACUCGUCGGCAUCACGCAGGAGAAGGCGGCCGAAUACCUUGUGCGCACGGGUCCUACAGUGACGUUGGAGGUGGCGAAGCAGGGAGCUAUGCUACACGGCCUCGCUACACUAUUGCACCAGCCCGCCUAUAACCAGCGACAAGUGGAGGAGGUGGUGUACGAGCACGCGCUGCGCCGCAACUCCGGCACCUUCACCAACCCGCACCCCGCCCUGCUGCGGCCCGCCUCGCCGCGGACUGAGCUCGCCACCGCAGGCAAUGUCUCCACUCUACUCUCUACUAUACUAUACUUCACCAACCCGCACCCCGCCCUGCUGCGGCCCGCCUCGCCGCGGACUGAGCUCGCCACCGCAGGCAAUGUCUCCACUCUACUCUCUACUAUACUAUACUUCACCAACCCGCACCCCGCCCUGCUGCGGCCCGCCUCGCCGCGGACUGAGCUCGCCACCGCAGGCAAUGUCUCCACUCUACUCUCUACUAUACUAUACUUCACCAACCCGCACCCCGCCCUGCUGCGGCCCGCCUCGCCGCGGACCGAGCUCGCCACCGCAGGCAAUGUCUCCACUCUACUCUCUACUAUACUAUACUUCACCAACCCGCACCCCGCCCUGCUGCGGCCCGCCUCGCCGCGGACCGAGCUCGCCACCGCAGGCAAUGUCUCCACUCUACUCUCUACUAUACUAUACUUCACCAACCCGCACCCCGCCCUGCUGCGGCCCGCCUCGCCGCGGACUGAGCUCGCCACCGCAGGCAAUGUCUCCACUCUACUCUCUACUAUACUAUACUUCACCAACCCGCACCCCGCCCUGCUGCGGCCCGCCUCGCCGCGGACUGAGCUCGCCACCGCAGGCAAUGUCUCCACUCUACUCUCUACUAUACUAUACUUCACCAACCCGCACCCCGCCCUGCUGCGGCCCGCCUCGCCGCGGACUGAGCUCGCCACCGCAGGCAAUGUCUCCACUCUACUCUCUACUAUACUAUACUUCACCAACCCGCACCCCGCCCUGCUGCGGCCCGCCUCGCCGCGGACUGAGCUCGCCACCGCAGGCAAUGUCUCCACUCUACUCUCUACUAUACUAUACUUCACCAACCCGCACCCCGCCCUGCUGCGGCCCGCCUCGCCGCGGACUGAGCUCGCCACCGCAGGCAAUGUCUCCACUCUACUCUCUACUAUACUAUACUUCACCAACCCGCACCCCGCCCUGCUGCGGCCCGCCUCGCCGCGGACUGAGCUCGCCACCGCAGGCAAUGUCUCCACUCUACUCUCUACUAUACUAUACUUCACCAACCCGCACCCCGCCCUGCUGCGGCCCGCCUCGCCGCGGACUGAGCUCGCCACCGCAGGCAAUGUCUCCACUCUACUCUCUACUAUACUAUACUUCACCAACCCGCACCCCGCCCUGCUGCGGCCCGCCUCGCCGCGGACUGAGCUCGCCACCGCAGGCAAUGUCUCCACUCUACUCUCUACUAUACUAUACUUCACCAACCCGCACCCCGCCCUGCUGCGGCCCGCCUCGCCGCGGACUGAGCUCGCCACCGCAGGCAAUGUCUCCACUCUACUCUCUACUAUACUAUACUUCACCAACCCGCACCCCGCCCUGCUGCGGCCCGCCUCGCCGCGGACUGAGCUCGCCACCGCAGGCAAUGUCUCCACUCUACUCUCUACUAUACUAUACUUCACCAACCCGCACCCCGCCCUGCUGCGGCCCGCCUCGCCGCGGACUGAGCUCGCCACCGCAGGCAAUGUCUCCACUCUACUCUCUACUAUACUAUACUUCACCAACCCGCACCCCGCCCUGCUGCGGCCCGCCUCGCCGCGGACUGAGCUCGCCACCGCAGGCAAUGUCUCCACUCUACUCUCUACUAUACUAUACUUCACCAACCCGCACCCCGCCCUGCUGCGGCCCGCCUCGCCGCGGACUGAGCUCGCCACCGCAGGCAAUGUCUCCACUCUACUCUCUACUAUACUAUACUUCACCAACCCGCACCCCGCCCUGCUGCGGCCCGCCUCGCCGCGGACUGAGCUCGCCACCGCAGGCAAUGUCUCCACUCUACUCUCUACUAUACUAUACUUCACCAACCCGCACCCCGCCCUGCUGCGGCCCGCCUCGCCGCGGACUGAGCUCGCCACCGCAGGCAAUGUCUCCACUCUACUCUCUACUAUACUAUACUUCACCAACCCGCACCCCGCCCUGCUGCGGCCCGCCUCGCCGCGGACUGAGCUCGCCACCGCAGGCAAUGUCUCCACUCUACUCUCUACUAUACUAUACUUCACCAACCCGCACCCCGCCCUGCUGCGGCCCGCCUCGCCGCGGACUGAGCUCGCCACCGCAGGCAAUGUCUCCACUCUACUCUCUACUAUACUAUACUUCACCAACCCGCACCCCGCCCUGCUGCGGCCCGCCUCGCCGCGGACUGAGCUCGCCACCGCAGGCAAUGUCUCCACUCUACUCUCUACUAUACUAUACUUCACCAACCCGCACCCCGCCCUGCUGCGGCCCGCCUCGCCGCGGACUGAGCUCGCCACCGCAGGCAAUGUCUCCACUCUACUCUCUACUAUACUAUACUUCACCAACCCGCACCCCGCCCUGCUGCGGCCCGCCUCGCCGCGGACUGAGCUCGCCACCGCAGGCAAUGUCUCCACUCUACUCUCUACUAUACUAUACUUCACCAACCCGCACCCCGCCCUGCUGCGGCCCGCCUCGCCGCGGACUGAGCUCGCCACCGCAGGCAAUGUCUCCACUCUACUCUCUACUACACUAAUUCCCCGACUGAUGGCAUGCAUUACUGCUACGACCUAUUGCAAAGCUUAUUACACUCCGCUGGAUGUUCGACAUUUUGUUUUUACAGCUUUUUCUUUCGUGCCAUUCAACUUUUACAAUGUUUCAAAUGUUGGAUUCAUGUUCAUGGAAGUCUCUAUUGCAGGGUACAGUCGUCGGCCUUGUCACAAUCGAUGUCAUUUGUUAAGAGAUGAAUCUACAGAAUCUAGUACGGACGAAAGCGAGGAUUGGCAACCGCAGUAUCACGGUUCCAUUCCUAGACUGAUAGUAACGCUAGACAGAGAAAAUAACCAGUUGCAGGAAGACUUGUCUCCGGACACACCGGGCUGUCCUAUCGAACUAAGAACUAAUGCCCCACCGCCGCGGCCUAUUCCCGUGUUUACGUUCACGUGCGAGGACUUUGAUGAACAACAGACGAGUAGUAACGCCACGACGCAACCCGAGGAAUGUGCCCCGCCACCAGCUCGGUGCGAGUCUCCGCCGGACGAGCCACCCCCAGUACCCGAGCCUCCUGCUAACUACGACCAGUCGAGUGAUAACGGAGACUCCAUCUGUCUGCCACCUCGCAUGGAGCCUAUAGACACAAAGCUAACCCUAGAUUUAUUCAAUUCACGUGGCAGAGAGAACGAGUUUUAUAGACAGCGAUGUACUGGAAUCGAUGAGUGUGUGAGUGCUUGCGAAUGUUGUCGCACGCCUCAACCUGAGACACAACAAAUUCCUUACAUCGAUGAACCAAACUCAGAACCACUGAUAUUUGAGAAUGAAGGCCCGCCAAACAAAGUCGCUACACCAAAAAUACGACGAAUAUUACCUUCAUUGUCUCUUGACCAAACUGACUCGGAUCAAAAACCUGAAACUGCGGACGCAGUUUGUCAGACGCCCUCAUCACCCAUGGAUCCAGAACUGACACCUAAAAGAAAACUCGAGCUUAACUUGGAUAUUAAGAAAGACUACGAUCAAAUAGAGAAUAUACAGUGCAGGCUGAAGAGAGCGUUAUAUAGCAUGUCGACAUCCCUUUCAGGCAAAUCUGAAGAUACUGAAAUUCCGUCCACGUACUCUACGUCCGAUUCUUUUGAUGAGACAAAUAAUGGAGUUAAAUACGAUGUCGGCACUGUUAAAGCUCAAACUCCUGUAGACAACAACCCCGGUGCUAAACAAAUAUUAGAUAGUGUAGACCGAAAGUCGUGGAAAUCUCCUGAUGAAUACAGGCCUGUCUUCGGUAAAGUUAAAGAAUUAACGAAACAUUUUAACAAUAUUAAUUUAAAGUAUUGUGUUAAAAAUUACAAACGAAAUUGUCAAUCGAGUCCAAAUCUUAGUGUUCGGGACGACAAGGUUCCUAAAGUUAUUGAAAACCUUCCAACUAGUGCCAGUUUAGCUGAUAUACAAUACGAGUGCAAUAAAACUGAUACUAGCGAUACCAAGUGUGAGAAAUUAUCUGACGACGAAGUGAAAAGCAUCCUCAUCCAGCUGGAAGACUGGUCCAAAUACGGCUCACGCGGUAGCGAGGACACGCUAGCGCAUGGCAAUGAGUUUGAAGUACCAAACUUGCCCUCUGAGGAACACACCGAUAACACUGCCAACGGGUAUGUGUUCUCAGAGAUAAUUGACAAAAAACCAAAACGGAUUACGUUAGAUAAUAUCAGGUUGAAGUCGAAUCAGUCGAGUAUAAAUUCCGAUCAGACGAAACAAAGUAAAGAAUCGUUAAAUGUGAGUGGGAGUUCGGACAAACAAUGUUCGGAUCACCUGCCACGAGUGGUGGCCAUGGUCCGGCCGGGCGAGGCAGUGGCGGGCUCCUGGCCCGAGCUCUCCGCGCGCACGUCGAGCGGUGCGGGCGGGGCGAGCGGUGCGGGCGGCGCGGGCGGCGCGGUGCGGCGCGCGUCGGAGCGCGACCUGCCGGCGCGGCUGGCGGCGGAGGCGGGCGUCAAGUCCAGCAAGAGCACGCCCGCGCUGCACCACGUGGCCUCGCCGCCGCCGCACCACCACACUCCUGCCAGCGCGGCAGUGAGUCCCCCCGCGGCGGGCGGCGCGGCGUGGCCGAGCAAGUCCCGGUCCAGCCACAACCUGUCGGCGCCCAGCCAGCACGACGGCUUCUACCAGAACCUCUCCACCGUGCACUCGCAGCAACAUGCGCUCCAAGACAGAUGGUCGUCGCUCCGUAGUUCUACCGGCAGCAACAGACCGCAAUCCGCGCACUUUGCAGCAGGCGGCCAAGUUGAGGCGCCCGACUCACCUUUACAUCAUCAGCAGGCGAAUGCAGCGAGCGCGGCGCGCGCGGCCAAGCUGGCGGAGAUGUCGGAGGAAGUCGCGCGCAGGCACGCAUACCAUAACCAUACGCAGCCCACGCAUCACCAUCUCAUCGGUCAAGGCCAGCUCCAAAUGGCGCCAGGUCCGUACGGGCCGCCCCCCCUGGGCACGGGCCCGGCCAUGUUGCACGUACACGCGCAGAGCCCGCACCAGAUAUACCACAACCAACAUCAACCGCCACAGAGGUACGAAUGGAUGCCCCCUGGACCGCCAUCGCCACAGAGGUCACAACCACCCGUCGCUCCGAAACCGCAGGGUGCGAGGAGACCGGACAUGGAUAUGGAAGAACAAAUGUAUCCACAUUCACAAGCACAUCCGCAGUCACAUCCACAGUCACAUCCGCAAUCACAUCCACAGUCACAUCCGCAAUCACAUCCACAGUCACAUCCACAGUCAUACCCCCAGCCGCAACAGCCACCGUCCAGCACUGUGCAGCCAGAAGACGAGCGGUACGUGGCGAGCGCGCUAGAACCACCAGCCGUUUCUGUGUACCCGGCCGGGGGCGCGGGUGGUGCGAGUGGGGGCGGGGGCGCGGCCGGGCGCGCCCCCCACAACCCGUGGCAGCGCGAGGAGCGCGAGCGACUGCACGAGGCACGCCGCGCCGCCGCACGCGCGCGCAGAGACGCAACAAUCGCGCAGUUGAUAUCACUAGGAGCGGCGCGCACGCCCGUACAGAACCAACAACUGCGUGCACUACAACUAGAGCGAGACUUCGAACUGCGAGCCACGCAGCAUGAUCAGGAGGAAAGUAACGCAGCGGAAGGCGCAGAAGACUCGGAAGAGAUGGUGGAGGACGCGGCGUCGUCUCCCCUGGCCGCCUCACCCGCGCCCCCGCAAACCCUCACACAGCCCCCCAACCCACCCAAGUCCAUACUCAAGACUAACACACGGACUGAGAUCACUAACGGAUAUACCACCGAACAGCAGGUGAGCUACGAAGAGACUCGCGUGUCGGAGGUGACGUCAGGCAUGGGCGCGCUCAGCGUGGCCGCGCCCCCCGGUGGCCAGGGGGCAGGCGCGGGUGGGGGCGCGCCCCCUCCGCCGGCGCGCGGCUCGUCGUUCGCGGUGAUGGCGGAGCGCGCGCGCACGCUGUCCCCCGCGCGCACGCACGACGCGCCGCACGCACCGCACGCACCGCACGCACUGCCGCCGCAGUCUCCAGUAGGCGGCGGUCGGGACAAGCGCGUGUCGUUCCACGAGCGCGCCGCGCCCCCCGCGCCCCCGGCCAGUUCCCCGCCCCCGCUACACGACCCCGCACCCCCCGCGCCCUCCAGGGAGGACCCCGACCGGUUCAUCGAGGAGGCGGAGAGUAUGCUGGCGGGCCCGGUGUCGCCGCAGUCCCCGACCGCGCCCGCACUCACGCACACGCCCGGCGUCAUCGGCGCGCAGGAGGUCUACCGAGACCCGCGCGCGCGCCGCCUGGCGGAGCAACAAGCGCGCGCCCCGACGGCGCCCGUCCCGGAGCAACUGUCCUUCAAGGAGAAGAUGAAGAUGUUCGCGCUCGAGUCCGGCGAGGCCUCCACGCCCAAGGACAAGGUCAAAAUAUCACGCGCGCAGCGAGACAUCGAUGCGGUACAUUAAUCCCUAUGAUGACCAUGAAUUAAACUUAUAAUGCAUUAUGAUUACAUACAUUUUGUACAUAAAUUGUACUUACAGAGGAAUUACAUAACUCUUUUAUGUGGUUUAAUAGAGUAUAGCAAAACUGUAGCGAUACGUUACAGAUUGCGUUACAGUAUUAUAUUGAAAUAAUUAUAUUAUAAACAUUUCCAAAUCGUGUUAGCGAAAAUAAUGUGCUUUUCGGCAGCUAAUCUUUAUAAAUGUUAAAUAAUAGAAAGAAGUCAUCUAUGUACGAAUAUAAUGACAUUGUUUUCGCUUUCACGCAAGUAACUGAAGGAGAUAUUUCAAGUGAAAUAAUUUAAACCACUCAAGUUGAAUUAUACAUGUCGUGUACCAAAGUGCAUGAUAGCCUUUGGAUGAGAAUAGCACCAAUUUUGUAUGUUAAUCAUAAAUCUAAGUGAGUUUCCUUUCUCAAAUAGGUAUAUUUUUAUGGUAAUGCAAUUUUGAAUGAUGUUUACAAGAUGUCGCUUUAGCAGCUAGUGCAAUGAUAUUAUAUUUAUACAUUUCAAUUUACCAGACCAUAUCGUAAUAAUAUAGGGAAUAGUCGAUUAUAGAAAUCAAAAUUUAUAUUACUAUAUUAUGAAUAUUUUCGGUAUUUUAAUAUAUUAUUGUCAACGGGCACAUCUUAUGAAUUAAAGUCGGAACUAUUGUGCCAUGUAUGUCGUAUAAUGGAUUUUUCCGUUUAAAUAAUUAUAAAAGUUUAUUCUCCGGGAGGACCAAAUAUAAGUCGACAUCGGCGGGUGCCUUUGCAUGUACCUUAAAAAGUAAAUUUACAUAUCCAUCAUAUUUUCACGGCGUAGUAAAUACAUUGUAAUCCAUCAACAUUUCUUUUUGUAACUUCGUGACAUUCCAAAGAACAUUGUUUCUUUUCUAUUUAACUAUUUAAAUAUGUAUGUUAUGGAAGCAUUCCUAUGAAACCUGAAUGUAUUAUAUGUUCCGCUAUAGCGGUUGUUAUCUUUCCAAUAUUAUUUCAAAGAUUGACCCUGUUAUUACAAUUCGAAUUUUAACAAAAAGCAAUAAGAUAUUGUGAAGACUUGUUGUAAAUACAUAAAUUUUAUAGUCUAAGCACGUGUUUGUGCCAAAACAUGUUCCGUGGUGGCAAACCCGCAUGUAGUGGCAAAAUUAUUGUUUAUUUAGUGGCAGCCAAGAUUUAUGUUAAUUGUGUAUUAAAUUGUUAUACGGUAUAUACUACUCAAAAUAAUGUUUAAAUAAUAUGUACGAACGUUGAAACAGCGAAUGUGCGAGCUUUAUUGUUAUUACACAAAUUAAGAUCGCGAGGUCGCUCUCUUUACCUUGUUUUUUCUAUAAGUAAAACAUCUGAAAGAUCUACAGUAUUAAUUAUAAUAAUGCUUAUAAAUCACAAAAAUGUAACAAAACACAAAUCUAUUGAGUAGAUAGUGAAAUUCUUACCUUAUUUCUUCGGUCACAGCCCACAUAAUUAGCUAUAGAACAAUGAUGUAGCUGUCGGAACACUAGGUAGCUACUCAUUACAUUAUUAUGGUUAAAAAUUAUAGCACCAAUUUACUGUAUAUAAUGUAGGUAGAAGAAUCCUUGUGAUUAUUUAAGGUUUUUUGUACACCUGUUUGUAUAUGUAAAUGUUUAUUCGAAAAUAGAGAGUUAGCAACUGUUUGACUACGAGUCGACGAGAUGGAAGGCCUACGUGAGGGUAGAGUUAGAUUAGUUCCUGGGAAUUCAGUUCCGUAAGUUCCCAGUAUACACCCAACGAUAGUCAAUUAGAGAAAGAUUGAGAUUAAUUUUUAGAAAGGAGUUUUUAAUGAUUUUUAUAGCUAUACUGUAUAUAAUUACGCUUGAAAAUGUCAACAUAGAUAUCAUGAAUAUUUAAGCAACAAUUCGAAUGAUUAUUAUUAUGCAAAACUAAUUAUAUUUGUUAUUAACGGUAGCUAUUGUCCUUCCUUUCUUUUGAAAAUAAAUAAAGUAACAUUA